AUGAGAACUUUAAUGAUCUUAGCUUUAUGUAUGGUUGUAGCCACCGCAAUACGCCACAAACGACAGGCUUACUAUGACCCUAACAUAAACUAUAAAUAUACAACCAAAAACAAUUUAGAAACCUCUACCGGAGACAUAUUUGGUGCCAUCAUGAAGCUUUUAAUAACAAGUUGUUUUAUUGUGGUGUUGACGAUUAUUGAGGAAUCAGCUUCCUCAGAAAAAUUGAGCCGAGAGAAGAGGCAGUAUAACAACAACAAUAAUCAAGCAGAUCAACAACAACAGUAUCAACAACAACAACAAUAUCAACAACAACAGUCUGACUACCAACAACAACAAAAUGACUACCAACAACAGCAACAGAACCAAUACACAGAGCAACAGCAACGAUAUAACCAGGAAGAACUAGACUACGAACAAGACAUGCAAAAUACAGAGCUAAAAUACCAACAGGAUCUUCAAAAUACAGAACAAAAAUAUGAUCAGGAUAUGCAGAAUGUGGAACAGAAAUAUCAACAAGAUGUACAACACAGACAACAAGAUAGACAACAACAGAUAUCUGAUGAACAAAGCCAAGCAGCUAACAAUAAUAACAUGUAGAAACCGAUCCACUUUGGUACAUUGAAACAACAGACUUAUGUUGUACUAAUGUCAAUAGCAUUCUAUAAUCUUCAGCAGUUCCUUGUUCUUUGUAAGAUUUACAAUUCUCUGAAAUAAGCAGCGAAUCUCAUUAUGUUGCUAGUAUAAGAGAUUUUCGUUGUGAAUUAGUAGAAAACAACUCCGAUUGGUGCUUUCGUGAUCUAGUGACGGUAUAUUUUCAUUUUUUUUCCAAUAAUUGCAAAUUUCAAUUCAAUUUCAAUUUGUUAGAUUCAACAAGCAAUACCUGUACGAGCACCACAGGUCGAAGGGUUAUGACCACUUUAGUAUCACCAAAUAUGCAAAAUUUCAACAUACCUUUUGCAGUAAUGCUAAAUUAUUUUUAUGUACAUGAAUGUUAGGUUGGAAUUCUUAAAAUCUAAAAUUAGAUUCAUAUAUUAUCAUUUUUUAAAAGAGGUCUUCCUCGGUACUCUUAAAAAAAUCUUUGCUUCAUUUUGUAGCAUCCUUAAAUUUGACAAUAUUAAUUUUAGCGCAAUUUGUCAUUUCCGCUUGGAGUGGUUGGGUGGUUGACUGGUUAGCACACCUAAUCUGGGGUGAUUUAUAAUUAAUAAGUGGAAUUUCGUGUAAAUUGGGGUAGGCCUAUCUUUUGAAAUAUUGGAUUUUGGAAAAAAGUUAGAGCCAUGAAGUUUAUAAAACAAGAAAAAACUGACCUUACAAUAUUGUAAAAUAUUAUAUAUAUUAAUAAAAAUAUUGUUGAAUG